CGGCGAUAACGCCGAGUGCCGUGUACAAGAUCUCCCUUUACGCUCCAGCAACAUGGCGGAUCAAACUGAACGUUCGUUCCAAAAGCAGCCAACUGUAUUCCUGAACAGGAAAAAGUCGCUUCCUAGUAAAAAGAAGAAGGGUCUGCGUUACUAUAAGAAUGUUGGUCUUGGGUUCAAGACGCCCAGAGAGGCAAUUGACGGCACAUAUAUUGACAAAAAGUGCCCGUUCACCGGAAAUGUGUUCAUCCGUGGAAGAAUCCUCACUGGAAUCGUUCUGAAGAUGAAGAUGCAAAGGACGAUUGUAAUUCGACGAGACUAUUUACACUACGUGCGAAAGUACAACCGGUUCGAGAAAAGACACAGGAACAUGUCUGUUCAUCUGUCACCGGCGUUCAGAGAUGUCCAGGUGGGUGAUGUUGUAACCGUCGGUGAGUGCCGGCCACUUAGCAAGACUGUCCGCUACAAUGUGCUGAAGGUGACCAAGGCAGCAGGCAGCAAGAAGUCCUUCUCAAAAUUCUGAUUGUACUUGUAAAAAAUGGCUGCAAUGAUCAUAUAAAAACAAAAGUAAAAUAAUCAGCGACCA